AUGAAAGGAAAAUCAACAAUUGUUACAAUAAACUGUAGUGAUGCCAAAAAACUUUGCAAAAAAUUCAAAGCUCCUUCAAGUGAAAUUCAUAUAAAACAUUUUAAGGAUGGAGAAUUUAAUCGUGAUUAUGAUCGCAAAUAUACAGUAAAAUCUAUGGUGAAAUUUUUACAAGAUCCCAAAGGUGACAUUCCCUGGGAGGAAGAUCCAGAUGCAGAGAAUGUUGUACAUAUUGACAGUGAGCAGAAUCUAAACAAAAUGUUGAAAAAACAAAAACUUCCAAUGCUGUUAAUGUUUUAUGCACCUUGGUGUGGGUUUUGUAAAAGGUUUAAACCAGAAUUUGCUGCUGCAGCUAAAGAAUUGAAAGGAAAAGCUAUUCUUGCUGGUAUAGAUGUUGACCAACCACAAUUUCUUCAGUUACGUAUUAGUUACAACAUCACUGGUUUUCCAACGACAUAUUAUUUUGAAAAUGGCAAAGUGCUCUAUCAAUAUGGUGGAGAAAAUACACAGGCAGGAAUUAUUAAAUGGAUGGCCGAUCCCGGCCCACCGAAAGAACAAGAACAGGAAUCUGCUUGGUCUGAUAUAGAAUCUGAUGUAGAGCAUUUGACAGAGGACACCUUCGAUGAAUUCCUGCAGACACACUCUUCAGUUUUGGUUAUGUUCUAUGCUCCAUGGUGUGGACAUUACGGAUACUUGGCUGCUGUUGAUGCUACAAAAGAAGUUAAAUUAGGUGAACGGUUCAAAGUUAGUGGUUAUCCUACCGUUAAAUAUUUCAAAGAUGGUGAAUUCUUGUGGGAUUAUAAUGAAAGAAAAAAAGAACAGAUAAUUUCUUUCAUGAAAGAUCCUAAAGAGCCCCCACCACCUCCUCCACCCGAGCCUAAUUGGGAAGAAGUCGAAAGUGAUGUUGUCCAUCUUACAACUGACACAUUCAAAACAUUUCUCAGGAAAAAGAAGCAUACACUCGUCAUGUUUUACGCGCCAUGGUGUGGCCAUUGCAAGAAAGCAAAGCCAGAAUUCCAGACUGCUGCCUCGCAGUUCAAAGAAGAUACAAAGGUUGCUUAUUGUGCUAUUGAUUGUACGAAGCACACACCUGUCUGCAAUGCAAAUGAUGUGAAGGGAUAUCCAACCUUAAAAUACUUCAACUAUGGCAAAAACCCUCAGGAUUAUAUGGGAGGCAGAUCUGCUGAUGAUUUCACAAAGUUUAUGUCAUCUUUAGCAGGAAUUCCUAAAACAUCUUCAUCACCCCAGGAAGCACUCUUUGAAAAGUUACUGGGUUACGUUAAUAAAGACAUCCAUUAUUUAUCAUCAUCUGUAUUUGAUUCUUUUAUCCAAGAGUAUAGAUCAGCCCUGGUGAUGUUUUAUAAUGCAAAUAACUUGGACAAAAAUCUAGCAAAGGAAUUCUCCAUUGCUGCAUCAAGACUGAAAGAAGAAAGGAUACCGGGUGUGUUAGCUGUUGUGGAUGGUGUGGCUGAUGUUGCAUUAGCUUCACGGUUUGAUAUUGUCUCCUUUGCAACAAGUAAGAAUGGCUCACCCAUGAUCGACUGUGUUGCUAAAAAUGCCCAUGAAAUGGUUGUUUUUAUGAAAGACCCUCCAGAAUCAGUUGCUCAAAUAAACUGGGCUUCAGGCCUUAGUCGUGUCAUUCAUCCAAAUUCAGAUCAGUUUGUGGAGCUUCUCCAGACACAUGCCAACGUAUUUACUGCCUUUUAUACAGAGAAUUGUGUUGGCUGUGAAGAAAUGAAAUCAGAAUUCAUGUUUGCAGCAAAUGCCAUGAAAAAUGACAACACUUUGGUAUUUGCAGCGCUCAAUUGUGCUUCUUAUCACGAUCUUUGCACAUCGCACAAAGUAAAAAGUUAUCCCAGUCUCAAACUUUUUGAACAUGGAAAAUUUUCAAAAGACUUUAACAAAAAACCUGUAAGGGCAAACUUUAUAAAUUUUAUACAUGGCAAACAAAGAGAUGAAUUGUAA